UGUUGUUCCUCCGCCAAUGGACAAGAGCCGCACAGUCCGCAUCAUCUCGCAGCUUUGCGCCAGAAGAGGACGCAUGCAGGAUCUGCGCUAUAGUACUUCCACUAGAAUGUGCUUGGACUCCUACUCGGACUCGGACUCGGACUCGGACUCGGACUUGGACCAGCAGACGAUGCAGUGAGGAGGAGUCCGGACGGGGUUGACAUGAGCGUGAUCCAGGCCGCGCACGACGGCGGCGGCGGCGGCCCCAACAGGGCGGAGGCAGGCAGCGGGGGCGGACCCCCGAGGCAGACCCCCACCGGCGGUCGGAGCAGAGAUGGCCGGUACCAGCAGCAGCAGGUCCAGCAGGUCCAGCAGCGGCACCACGUCGGCGGCACCAUGCUCAAGCAGCCCGUCCACAACGAGCCCGCCGACGUCGUGAGGCGGGCGCUGGACUUCAAGUGCCAGGGCAGCCAGUGCUACAAGGACAAGAAGUACCGGGAGGCCAUCGGUAAAUACCACCGGGCGCUGCUGGAGAUGAAGGGGCUGUGCAGGGUGCUGGGGGACCCGGACGGAGCAGGGUCCAAGUCCCCGUCUCCUCUCCUGGCCGCCAUCUGCAAGUCCGGUCCGCUGACGGAGGAGCAGAAAGGAGCCAUGGAGAACGCCGAGCUGGAGUGUUACAAUAGCCUAGCAGCCUGCCUCCUGCAGAUGGAGCUGGUCAACUACGAGCGCGUCAAGGAGUACUGCCUGAAGGUGCUGCACAAGGAGGGCAAGAACUUCAAGGCCUUGUACCGCUCGGGCGUGGCCUACUACCACCUGGGAGACUUCCAGAAGGCGCUGCACUACCUGAAGGAGUCGCACAAGCAGGAGCCUUCAGACACUAACGUCAUUCGGUACAUCCAGCUGACAGAGAUGAAGAUUCGCCGCAACGCUCAAAGAGAAAAGAAGGACACCACAUAAGACCUUUGACCUCCCACUUCCUGUCCCGCCUCUCACUGUGUGCCGCCCGCUCUCGUCCUGGCGCCAAUCUCACGUUUUUCUCUCCGCCUCCCACGGCUGAUCGCGUAACAAUUAAUGUAUGUGUGUGUGUGCUUGAAGCGAUUUAAAAAAAAACGAAAUAUCACUGCCAGUAUGACAACGUACACGACUACACACUGCAAAGUACAGGUUUACAUAAACACAACACGAGACAAGACUACUCGACACUAAUAUGACACACACACACACACACACACGUCUGUUUUUGCUGGAAUAAAAGUGAGCACAAUUUUACUAAUUUCCGAUACAUAUCACAACGUGUACAUAGAAAGUGUAUUUAUGAACAUUUGUAUUGUUUUUGUGGAUGGUUUAUGAUUUUUUCCACCUAAUAGAGAUUGCUGAUGUAAAUAAACAAGCUCA